CAGCUUCCACACUCGCUGCCCUUGCUGGUUUUAUGUGUAACUUCUCAAAGAAAAGGGUGAAAGGAUCUUUUUAAUAUUAGCUAAUGCUGCAGCAAUCUGCCAAUUAUGCUACUUAGAAACAAAGAUUAAAGAAAUCAGCACGCGUCUAGGUGCGGAAAGUACUCAAGAGAAUGAAUAAAACAACAGAGGCGGAGGUCAGACAUCGCUCAUUGAGACGCAGUCAAAACAAACAAAACAUUGAAAUGGCAGAUGUCCAUUCCCCACCAGCCCAACACAGCGAAAAAAGGAUUCCUAAUAAGGGGUCCCAGCAGAGGAGUUCAGUGCUAAACCAGCACAAUAACGAUAACAAAGAUGAGUGGCAAUGUCCUGAGUGUUCACAGAAAGAAGCUGCAGAAAGAAAACUGCUAGAGAUAGAGAAAAACAAACCAGCCGAAGUUAACACUAAAGAUGGAAGGCAGAUGCCGAGACUGAGAACCAGAAUUCCCCAGCAGCGUCGCCUGGCUACAAUAUGGAUUAUUGGAUGAGCAGUCCAAAUACAAAACCCCAGUCUACAGGAGUCACAUCGGAAGGCUCAGAUGGGCUUCAUAGAGCUUUCGUCUUGAAAGUGGACUGCUUUGCAACACUUCUCUUGGCCAUAACAAUUGGUAUAAUCUCUGGAUUGAUUUACUGGAACGUGCUUCAAGGAUGGCAGCAGAAGAAUCUCUGGUUUUGGCUUAAACUUCUUCCAGCAACUAUUAUUCUGCUGUUUAUAAUUGACUGGUGUGAGAACAACUGCAAAAAAUUCCCACUGAACUUAAUGUUACCAUUGAUAAUUACAAUUAUUGAAGGGCUGGUGCUUGGAGUGGUUUCAUCCUUCUUUGCUGCCAUGACAGUAAUGCAGGUUGGAGGAAUAACAGCAUUUGUGACUUUGAUGCUGUCUUGGGUUGCUCUGAAGUCAAAAUUGAAUGUCACUCAUGAAGCUGUGCCUUUCUGGACUGUGGUCUCAGUGCUGAUCAUCUUUGGACUUCUCUCUAGCUUUAAGAAAUCACCUACACUACAACUAAGUUAUGCUUUGGCUGGAAUGCUGACCUUUGCAAUUCAUUUGAUGCUGACACAAGUUAGGAUCAGAAGAGAACCCACAAAGGAUCAAGAACCCAUUGAUUAUGCCCGUCCAGCACUGAAUCUCUACGUAGACAUUGUAAAUCUUUUCUUCUUUAUGCUGCAGCUAAUGGAGCAUGUCAACUGUUUGGAUUGGGGUAGCCAGCCUCAAGGGCAGGGGCAGCAAUGAGUUGUUAUUUUGGGGUGAGGGGUUGGUAAUCCUCCUAUAUAGUGAGAGGAGUACACUACGUGAUUAGGCUGAACUGUUUUUAUCCAUAUAGGGCCCCAGUUUCUUGAUCCCUGUGGAAAGGGGCUAGGUUAAUGUUGUGGGGACACCCUUCCCUCCUGUGGGAGUGUGAAACACACUAGUACAGUGGUUUUCAAAUUUUUUUUUUGCAGCCCACUUGAAAAUUGCUGAGGGUCUCAGCGGACCACUUAAUGAUCUUUCCAAAUGUUCUUUGUACCAUU